AUGUCUCUCCUCUUCAUUGUCGCUACGCUGCUGAUCUCCCUGGCGGGGUACCUCUACUUCCAGCUGAAGCGGCAGGCCUCAGGACGCUGCGCCGCCGCGUCCACCACCGCUAAUCCUACUCGAAAGGAGGAGUGUGGCACGCCGUCGCCCACCACUGCCGCUCUCCUCAGCGGCAGUGGUUCAGUGGACAAAGUCCAGAAAGAGGUUACCGUCCUUUUUGGAUCACAGACCGGCACAGCCGAAAUGUUUGCCAAGACGCUGACCCGCGAGGGAGCGAAGCUCGGUGUCCCCAUCAGGGUGCUCGACGUCGACGGUUACGAGACGUACAACAUGGAGGACGAGCGCCUUAUCAUUCUAAUCUGCGCCACCUACGGCGAGGGCGAGUCGACAGACACAAUGAAGGGCUUCCACGACUGGAUGAUGGACGAGUGCCGCUCCCCAGGGGAGGAGCUGGCGAACGUCAAAUACGCUGUGUUUGGCCUAGGUGAUCGCCAGUACAAGUACUUCUGCGAGGAGGGCAUCGUCAUGGACCGCCGCUUCGAAGAGCUAGGGGCACAGCGCAUUUUUGGGCUUGGUUGCGGCGACUCGGGCAAUGGGCAGCUGGAGGAGCAGUUCGACGAGUGGUGCAGGGACCUCUGGCCCGCAGUUGGGCGUGCUCUGAACAUCACUAUCAAGCAGAACUCGGAGGAGCCGGUGGAGCCACAGUGCCGAAUGAAGUACUGGGAAAACGCUGAGGAAUCCCUCGCGUUCCCCAAGACGGCCUCCGUACUGGAGCCGACGCAGCGGCUGCCGAUGUGGGUGCCCGUCAUACGCAAUGAGGAGCUGCUGCACAAGGCGGAGGGGUACAGCACCCGCGCCAUCGACUUCAGCAUCAAGGACACCAUCAUCUCUUACCAAGCCGGUGAUCACCUCGGCAUCCUGCCCUGCAACUCGGAUGAGCUCGUCUCGCAAUACCUGCAAAUCCUCAGUGUCUCUGAUGAGGAGGCCGGCCGCAUCUUUUCCCUACAGGACAAGAAGACGCUCAAGAACGUUCUCCCGGCCCGUGUGUCGGCGCGCACAGCGCUCAAGUGGUACAUCGAUCUCGCCGGGCCCCCGAAGAAGUCGACGCUGCGUGCCUUUGCUCACUGCUGCACUGACCCCCUGCAGAGGGAGGAGCUGUUGCGUAUUCUACGCGUGAACCAGGACGCACAGAAGGAGUUCUCUAAGCUAUGCGGCAAGCUGCGAACUAUGUUCGGCUUCCUGCGCAAGUUUGACUCUGCAAAGGUGCCGCUGCCCUUCUUCCUCGAACUCAUGCCCCGCAUCGCGCCCCGCUACUACUCCAUCUCCUCCGACCUCCUUGCCACCCCCACCUUGGUGGGAACGACGGUCGGCAUCGUUGAUGGCGGUCUGUGCACGAACAUGCUCGCCAGGAUGCAGGUGGGCGACAAGGUGCCGGUGUUUGUGCGCAAGUCCACCUUCCACCUCCCGAUGCGGCACAAGGAGCGGCCACUGGUGAUGAUUGGCACCGGCACCGGCGUAGCGCCCUUCAUCGGUUUCAUUGCACGCCGUGGUGUCUGGAAGCAGAAGGGCACUGAGCUGGGCAAGGCCAUCCUCUUUUUUGGCUGCCGCCGGCACGCUGAGGACCACAUAUUCGAGGACUACUGCACAGCGGCACUGCACGAAGGGGUCCUGUCAGCGCUGGUGGUCGCGUACAGUCGCGACCAAGCCGACAAGGUGUACGUCCAGCACCGGCUGAGGGAGCGAGGGGCGGAGAUAUGGGAGAUGAUGGUGUCUGGCGCCAACGUCUACCUCUGCGGUGACGCGCGGCGCAUGGCCAGGGACGUAGAGGCGGAACUCAAGCGCAUCGUGGAGGUGGAGGGCCAAAUGUCCCGCGAAGCCGCUGGCGAAUACAUCGAAAAGAUGGGAAAAGAGGAUCGCUACCUCAAGGAUGUGUGGUCGUCAACCUUGUAG